AUGGACGACCGGGGCUGGACAUGGCCCGCCUGGAAGUUUGGCUUGAAGAGAGAGGACCUCUUCACCACUCUCCAUGAUCAGUACAACACAUUCCCUUCCUCCAUACAAGACCCCGAGGCCUUCCACCACGAUGUAUGGGAAAUCUCGAAUACGGCAAGCACCCAGGAUGAGUUCCACGCCCUGCUCGCCGACCGCAAGGAAUUACGCUUGCGCGAGCUGAACGAGACUCUUGAGUCCGCCUCGUUCGAGAUCAUUGCCAACCCCAAGCUCAUCGGCACCGAGCAGUGGCAGUUCGCCAUCCAGCUGUUUCGCACCAGGUCGCUCGAUUCCCUCGUGAGGUACUUUGCUUCAUAUCUUCCCGAGUCGCAUCCCUGGCACCAUACCCAUGGCGACGACGACGCGCAGACCUCGACGACUGUUUCCUCCGUCUCCGAUUUUCUUGCCCACUCGAUCGACACCAUCGACUCCGUCUCUACAGCAGACUCGGGCACGCCUUUCUUUGAUGAUGACGACCAUGACUUUCUUACACAUGAACCUCUCACCAUUCACACGACCUCGUUACCCGCAAGUCAUCUCCCCCCAUCGCCGCGCUCCAUGACCAUGUGCAGCAACUCGUCUGCUGUAUCGCCCAUUGACACUGAUCCUGAGGAUCAUGUGCUUGGUGUGUUGACAGCUACUCGAGCCAUUGCAUAUGCAAACGAGGAGUUCGAUGCCACCAUGGACUCGGCGCUACCCUCCCAAUGCGACGAGGAUGAGACAUCGCAAGAUGAUGACUUUGAUGAUACGCCGUUUUCAUCUGUAUCUGAUAUCGCUGAUAUCACGCAUUCUCACGGUCAUCGUGACUCGUACGCACCUGCAGACUACCAAGGCUGGUCAACAGUCAUCGUCACCAUUAUAUACACAAGUACUCAAUGA